AUGGCACCACAGACACCUACAUCAUCGCCGAGCUCUCGCUCACCUCGAUCACCGAAGUUUUCGUGGUCACCACGGCACCGUCAAGCAUUGUUCGUGUUUCAUCGACGGCAUAUGAAUGAUGACCAGAUUGCUUUCACUUUCAAUAAGAUGUUCGAUAGAGAAAUCCGAGCACGAGGCUUUGCCAAUGGUCUGACCAAAACCGCUAUCAAGGCUCAGUAUCAGAAGGGCUAUCGUGCUUCAUGCCCGGCGUGGCAGAAAGUUGAGGCCUCUCACGAUGCCGAGCUAGAAUGGGUGUCUCGAGAGAUGGCAAAGCUCGACGUCACAGGUUCACCUUCAUCUUCUCCAAUGUCGACAAUGCCUCGAGCCCAGAAGCCCGUCCAGAAUCCUAAGCCGCGUCAACUCGUGGCUGUGGUCAUUGAAACCCGACAGCAAACCUCCGCUAUCGCUCCCCGUCAGGUCUUCAAAGGAUGUCCUCGGUCUAUGAUCACACACAACAGAACGAGGACAAUCGGGGGAGAGCAAGUGCCGAUAAUUCGAGCUACAGACCAGAAUCUCGUUGUCAAAGAUCCAAUCACGUUUGCCGAAGCCCAUUCUCCGGUUCCAGAACUCCUGUUUCGAUUCUACGAUGACCACAGUCGAGGUGUUAGGACGCGACACGGAGAAAUAUCUGGCCGACAUGCGUAUCUGCCAUGCGGUCCCCCUGCUCCACCAUCGUGCGCGGACGAUCGCAUGUUCGCUGCUGUUCUGUGUCACUUGAACAACGAUGACACUGCGUCCGAGCUGAUCAGUACGACUUCCAAUCUCUUUUUUGCUAUGAGACUAGCAGCAAAGUCUUUCGCGAACCCACGUCUCUACGUGAUUCGCGGCGGUGCUUUGCCGAGAGAAAAAGUAUUCCACCUAUGGCCCUAUCACCUACGAUUCAAGCCUUUAAGACUCUACUACAACGGGAAAUACAGGAACCCGUCAUCUCAUGAGUACGCAAUCUGGGCAACCCUUCCACGUACAGCCAUCAUUCACGAUUUUGCACUCGCCGAUCUCGAGCGCCAUCUUCUCGGAAAUCCCUAUAUGGCGACUGUUUUUCGUAUUGAUGAGAUGCGGACCAAGAAAGGCAAUACGCAUAUCUUACAGAAUUUCAAGAAAGAGAAUCUUGAGCUGACACUAGCAACAAUCGAAGGAUUCGCUAGGCUUAUGCCUCAGUUUGGCAUCAAUGCGACCAGUCCCACACCUGUCAUUGCACGCCUGAUAUCGGAAAUCAUCCGUAGCUUUGACAUCAACCUCCCAAAGACUACGCCGAAGCAAUGGGAUAUCCUUGGCGGAGCUUUUGCGUUUGCUCUGUCAUACCACGCGAACCAGACGCACGUUGCAGAGACGUACCUCAUACAAGCAAAGGAGGCAUUCCUGUCUGGCGCGAGGAUCGGCCUAGGCGAGCUAAAUUGGCAUCUGAACCCUACGAAGCAAGCCAAGAUGGUCAAAAAAGGGCUUUCUUUGGGCCUAGGUGUCAAGCACACUGAAGUCAGCGCAGCAACUGUCGAAUUCCAAAAGAACGUUGCUCGUUUUGCGUACAGGGAGAAGAACACAGAGCCCGACUACGACAUGACAGUAGACGAGGACUAUACUCUAGUUGAGAACGAGGACGAAGGACAUCAUACAUCUAUCGAAGAACACAUCGAGAUUGAUAUCGAAGAAGCAGAGACAGACGUCGAAGAAACAAUCAGCGUCAAGACACCGCCCCCGUCUCAGCGUAGUCGCAUUUCGUACGCGAGAGAAGCAUCCCACUCUGGCAAGAAGAUCGACGAAACCUUCAUCAUCUACGACCGCAGCGACGAUGAAGAUUACGUGGCAGACAGCGAUAUGGAUUGA